AUGGCAGCCUAUGAAGCUGCGCGUCUCAGCCGAGUGUUCAACCAGCGCUGCCCACGCCGGUUUCCACUGGCUAUAGUAAAGCCAACUACGGAGAAUGAGGUUGUUACUGCGGUCAAGCUGGCAAUACAACACAAAAUGCGCAUUGCUACUCGAGCAGGGGGUCAUUCCUUUCCCGUUUGGAGUUUGCAUGAUAAUUCCAUCCUCAUUGACUUCGGCGACUUCAAGGUAUUGGAGGUCGAUGAGAGGAACCACAUUGCAAAGGUGACUCCUGGUGUCACAAGCAAGGAGCUCAAUGACUUCUUGAUCGAGAAACAUGGGAUGAUGUUUCCCGGGGGUCAUUGCCCCGAUGUUGGCCUCGGCGGGUUUUUAUUGCAAGGAGGAAUGGGUUGGAACUGUCGGAACUGGGGUUGGGCUUGCGAAAGUGUGGAUGCUGUGGAAGUAAUUACCAUGCAAGGGGAGCCUAUAAUCUGCAGUGCGCAGCAGAAUAGAGACUUAUAUUGGGCGGCCCGUGGUGCAGGACCAGCAUUUCCUGCGGUUGUCUCCAAAUUUCACCUAAAAUUAAGGCCAUACCCAAAGAACGGAUUCCGAUCUUCUGGCUACAUUUACCCAUGCGGUCUCUACAGGCAAGCGUUUUCCUGGGCCCUUCGGAUUACCGCGACCCUUGACAGAGACACCGAAAUCACUGUAUGCACCCGAUACGCCGAAGCCCAAAAUCAAGUUUGCCUAUCUAUACAUUUUGUCUGCAUGAAGGCCACACCCGAGGAGGCCGAGGCUGCUCUGUGGCCUGUGCAAGAAACCCGGCCCGCAGGCACGCUCUCUGAAUGGUAUUGUCGAGAAGACAAUUUAGGAAAUCUGUACGACAAACAGGCAAAAGCAAACCCAAAGGGUCAUCGGUACCACACCGAUAAUGCCUAUGUUCAGAAUGGUGCCGAUGUUGUCGCUGUGCUAGAAGAAGCGUUUCUGUCUCUUCCACCGGGGAAAUCGUUUGCGUUCUGGUCCGCAAUGAGCCCUUGGAGUAGAGGAGAUCUAUCUGACAUGGCCUUGAGUAUGCGGUCUGAUCAUUAUUUUGCUAUUUACGCCGUGUGGGACGAUGCAAAGGAUGAUGAGCGGCAUCAUUCCUGGGUCCAAAGGGUAAUGAGAAAGAUUGAAAAUCAUUCAGUAGGCACAUACUUGGGCGAUUCAGAUCUGCAAAAAGAAGACGCGCGUUAUUGGGCAAAUACCAACACCGCGCGCCUGGUAGAAAUAUGUGAGAAGUGGGAUCCAGAGAGUCUUAUGUGUCGGUAUAAGGCUAGUUGUACUGAGCUGGAACUGAGAAAUUAG